AUGAUUAGCGCAGGAACGCAACUAAUCGUUAUUGGAAAGGAGAUAGAGAGCAUUGUGGUGUGGAGAUACAAGUUAGAGAUGCAUAAGUGGACCAAAGGACCUUCAAUGAUCACACCGCGGGUCAUGUAUGGUUCCGCGAGCCGUGGGACCGACGCUUUCUUUGCUGGAGGAGUCAAGAUUCACGAAAAUGGAACCCCCGAGGUUUUGAGCGCGGUGGAGAAGUACAAUGCUGAUACCAAAACAUGGACAAUGAUACAUGGAAUGCACAAGCGAAGGAAAUUCAGUUCGGAAUGUUUCUUGCGAGGCAAGUUUUGUGUCAUUGGUGGUCCUGAUGAAAAUGAUAAAUACUUAAUUUGUGGAGAAAGUUACGACAAGGUGAAAAAUUCUUGGACGCUGAUACCAGACAUGCUCAAAGACAUAACGUUUAAGUCUCCCCAAAUGCCGCCUCUAAUCGUGGUGGUCAAUGAUAAUCUUUACUCAUUGGAUACAUCUUCGAACGAGUUACAAGUUUAUGAUGUAAACGCAAACGUUUGGAAGAAAAGAAAGCAAACACUGCCAAAGGUUGGGGAGUUGUGUUUAAAUCGAUUGGAGAUAGGCUUUUGGUGA